AUGGUCGUCGGUGAGACUGUAAGGGACCCAGAGUUCGCCUGGGAUAAAUCUUGGGGGUUGAGAAUCGAGGAGGAUUUCGAGGUCGAUGUCCGAAUCGGCCGAGGGCUCGAGGAUAAGACCAUAAAAUCUGAGGUGGCGCGCGCAAAGCAGACAGUGCUGCAGGACUUGCAGCUACCACCAGCCUUUGCCCUACCUUCAACCGAAGUCAUAUCUCGGGCCAUUGAACUUGCCUACGAACGCGAUUUCUCGCAUAUUCCACGCUGGAAGCUUUCGUACAGUGUCCUCGACCGUGAUAGAAAGCCUCUAGGAUACUUGGAUGUGGCGAAGCUGAAGCAGGAAUGGGAAGCAGGGAAAGCUAAUCCGGUGCAAUCAUCUUUCACGGACUACCAGCGCAAAUUCGUACUGGGUGUUGCUACGUCCCAGGAUUUGGAGAAAUUCGUUUCACGAAGGGGUUUCUAA